UCCUGCACUGUUCUGACACACACACACACACACACGGCUGGAAGUCCACUUUCAUUUUCGGUGUAUUGUUUGAUUCGGGUUCUUUAUCUGAGAGCUGAAGAGAACUGGAUCCUGUACAGCGGCUGUUUUCUCCCUCUGCUCAAGGCUGUGGGAGUACCUCUCAUCCCUCCCCUCUGAGAGAGCUCGGUCAAUCAGCUCUCUCUAGACCUCCGGCUGUGAGAGGUUACAGCGUCACCCAGGGAUCGAACCAGCGAUCUCCGGAUGAUAGGAUGAGAAUUAGACUCGGAAUAAACCCCGGAACUGGAGUGAGAGUCGUGUAGAGAGUGCAAGUUCCAUGGUUCUGAUGAUGGACUGUGUGGAUCAGGAUGGAGCCGAAGCUCCUCAGGACGCCACCAGGUUACUGACACAUCACCGAGAGGUUUUAGUUGAACAUGUGAAAAACACGCAGUGCAUUUUAGACAAUUUAAAGAUGAACGGCUUCAUCUGCAAUGAAGAUAUUGAGAUCAUCCAGCGUUCAGCUACUAAAACAGAACAGGUGCGUAAAAUCCUGGAACUGGUGCAGAGUAAAGGCGAAGAGGCUUCUUCAUAUUUUAUUCAGAUUCUGCACCAGGCGUAUGACGCGUUCAUUGACCUUCGUCCUUGGUUUAACAAAAUUCACUACAAACCUGCUGAGUGUGUGAAGGACAUCCCUGUGAUUAACACAGACCCUAUUAGCAGAUACAGUGAGAAACUCCGACAGGAACUCUGCAGAGACACUCAGUUCCUCACCUCAUACUCUCACAGGGAGGAGACGCGUCUGGAGGAGCUUUACACAGACACGCAGAUGGAAAUCCUGAACGAGAGAGGAGAGAGUCUGGGCUUCUUGCAGAAUCUGGAUGACAUUCUGGGAGAAGAAGGCGUGUUCAACCAGCAGGCUGAGACUAUCUUAAUCACAGGUGAUGCUGGAGUGGGAAAGUCCAUUCUGCUCCAGAAGCUCCAGAACAUGUGGUCCAAAAGAGAGUUGAACACCAGAGCAAAGUUUUUCUUCACAUUUAGGUGCAGGAUGUUUAGCUUCUUUAAGGAGAACGAUGAGAUCUCACUGAAGGAUCUGAUUUUCAAACACAACUGUUAUCCAGAUGAAGACCCAGAUGGAGAGGUGUUCGGAUACAUCCUGCGGUUUCCAGAGUCUGUACUUUUCACAUUUGAUGGAUAUGAUGAAAUCCAAAUGGACUUCGAACUAGAAAACAUGCCAGAGGUGGCUUCUCCUGAGGAAAGAACACAUCCACUUUUAGUUCUCAUGAACCUGCUGAGAGGAAAACUGCUCAAAGGUUCUCGAAAAAUCUUAACGGCUCGGACCGGCACAGAAAUCCAGAGCAGAGUGAUCCGGAAGAAAGUGUUUCUGAGAGGUUUCUCACCAGAACAUCUCAGAAAAUAUCUGUCUCAUCAUUUUCCCCAGAAGGAGCAAAGGGACAUGGUGUCUGUACAACUGGACGCGAACCCUCACCUCUGUGGUCUCUGCUCUUUCCCAUUGUUCAGCUGGAUCAUUUUCAAGAGCUUUAAGCACCUUCAGAGCAUGUACGAUGAUGUUGAGCUGCCGGAUUCGUGCAUCACACUCACCAACGUCUUCCUCCUGCUGUCGGAGGUGUUCCUGAGCCGGGGCAGUCCAAGCGCUGGACUGCUUAAGAGAAGCACACGCUGCACCACAGACACGUUUAAAUCAGGGCUGAAGAUGCUCUCUGCCUUUGCUAAGCUUGCUCUGCUUGGUCUGGAAAAGAGCAGCUUCAUUUACACUCAUGAUGAGGUUUUUUCCUGUGGCCUGAGCGAUGACGAUGUACAGGUGGGAUUUCUGAGGCCCGUCAGUCACUACGACACAUGUGGCACUUUGGCGACGUACGAGUUUCUCCAUGUGACCCUGCAGGCAUUUCUGGCUGCAUUUUGUCUUAUCAUAGAUCUUGACAUCAUUCCCACUGGGAUCCUGAGGUUCUUUUCUAGGUGUGAGUAUCAAAAGACAUCCCACUUUACCUGCCUGUCCUGUUUAUGUAGGUCGUCUCACCCAAGAAAUUCAGAUCCUUUUCAAACGAACGAGCACUUUCAGUACACAAACCUGUUCCUGUGCGGCCUGCUGUCCAAAUCUAAUGCCGUUCUCCUGGAGCACCUCAUACCCCCAGCAUCCCUGAAGAGAAAGCGCACAGCUCUGAAGUCCUACCUCUCAUCCAGUGUAAAGACACACCUGAGUGGCCUGCCUCGCUGCCCGAGCAGUGACUCCACUGAAAAAAAAGUGCAUGUGAUGCCAAACUUCCUGUGGAUGCUGCGGUGUAUAUUUGAGACAAACAGUGAGGAUGUGGCUCGUCUCACAGCUAAAGGAAUCUCAGCAGAUUACCUCAAGCUAGCGUAUUGCAACAUCUACUCAGCCGACUGCAGCGCUCUUAACUUCGUACUUCAUCACCACAGGAAGUGUUUAGCAGUUGAUCUGGACAACAACAACAUCAAUGACUAUGGUGUGAAGCAGCUCACGCCUUCCUUCAGAAAAAUGACCAUAAUCAGGCUCUGUGUGAACCAGCUCACCGACAGCAGUGUGGAAGUUUUGGCUGCAGAACUCAUCAAAUACAAAAUCGUAAAGGUUUUGGGACUUUACAAGAAUCACAUCACAGAUGCAGGAGCAAAACUGGUGGCGCAGAUCAUCACAGAGUGUCCUCAUCUGAGAAUCGUCAAACUUGGAUAUAACAACAUCACAGCUGUGGGUGCGGCAUUUCUUGCUGAAGCGAUUCAGAAAAGCAAAUCGAUCUUUGAUAUCGGCAUGUGGGGGAACAGCAUCGGAGACAACGGAGCUCACGCUUUCGCAGAGGCGAUAAAGAACCACGGCAGCUUAACCAACCUCAGUCUGUCGGCAAACGGGAUCACCUCGGAGGGAGGAAGGAGUUUAGCGAGAGCACUAGCUCAGAAUUCCAGCCUUCACAUCUUCUGGCUGAUUCAAAAUAACAUCUCGGAUGAUGCAGCAGAGGAGCUAGCAAAAGCAUUUCAGAAAAAUUCAGCUCUUACACACCUUAUGUUAAUCGACAAUAAGUUUUCAGUUUGUGGAGCAGAACAGCUCACUGAAGGUCUGAAACACAAUACAACAAUUAAAGAAGUCAAUUUAAAAGGGAACCAGAUCAGCGUGGAGGAAGAGACCCGUUUCAUUGUGGAGAAAAGACUUCGAUUCUGCUGAGGGAUUUAAUACCAGCACGUCCUGUUACACCACAGACAAUGCAACGUUUACACACCUGUACUAGCCUGUCCAAACCAGCCAAUCAGAGCAGGGAGGCAGACUCAAAAGGCACCUGUCCUCAUCUGGGUCACACAAAAGUAAAAGCAUUUCCACUAUGGUAUUCUUUAUUAUACAAGGACCAACAAAUAGCCUACACCUCAUGAUUAAAGUAAGCGUGGCAGAUCAUAAUACUUUAGCAGUUCACUCAGAUACUGUGGCACAAGACCAUUUUAUACGUUUAUAACCAUUUUAUAUGGUUUAUACCAUUUUAUAUGGUUUAUACGUAAAUAGUAGCAUUUUUAAAUAUAUGUGAAAUUUCACAGGGAGCCAAUGCAGUGAAGAUAAGAUAGGGGUGAUGUGCUCAUAUCUUCUGGUUCUAGUGAGGACUCUCGCUGCUGCAUUCUGGACUAGCUGAAGCUUGUGUAUGCACUUGAACAACCAGAAUGUGGGGUGUUACACUAAUUUAACCUAAAGUAAAGAAUAAUUUUAAAAUAUUACCCAGAGAUAGUAUAAAAAAGAACUAUAUGAGGACCUAAAACAGAACCUUGUAGAACACCAAUCUUUACUUGUACAAAGAAGUGAACAUUUAAAAAGGAGGACACUGAGCAUGCACGCGCAUAUACACACAAGCACACACACACACACACACACACACACAAAAAUACAUACAGCCCAAUACUAACACAGGGAGAACAUGCAGAGAAACGCUCAAAAUUAUUGCUGCUCAGCCACUAACCCUGAGCUCAGGAUCAACCUGAAACACUAGCCACCACUGUAGCCCCAUGCUGCUUAGAGCAUUUCAAGUGUUUCUGAAACCAACUGAAAACAUCAGUGUGUAACAGUAUAUGAUUGUUGAUGUGUGCUUCAGAUGAAAUUGUUCUGGUUUUAUCAAUGUGAAUUUUGUGUGAUUUUUUUUUUUUAAACGCUAUACCCCUCCUCCCGUUUUGUAACAACAGAUAAAUCAGUGUUAAUAAAAAAAAAAUACAGCA